AUGAAAUAAUGGCAUAAUUAAAUUCUAAUUUCAAGUUAAUUUUUUAUUAAUUUCCUCUUGAUAACUUCAACUUUAAAUUAAUAGGUUCCUCAAUUUGGUAUAUUAAUAGUUGAAGUUUAAAGGAAAUACAACAUGCAAAACAAAUUCUUUCUGACCAUAGCGCCAAAGAAUCGAGAUUGUGCAAAAUGCUAUAAUUAAAUUUUUAUUUACAAAAUCUGAAUUUAAUUAUUUCUACUCGUAAAGUCUAUUUGAUGUAUUUCAAUUCGUUAAAUUCGAAUUUUAGAUGAGAUGCCAGUGAUUUUAUUGCAUAUUUCCCUAAAUGUUAAACAGUUUAAUCGGGCACCUACACCACACAAAAUAAUUGCGCAAAACGAGAUUUGUGCAAGUUAAUGUGAUAAAAACUGCGCAAAAAUCAUUUGAUGUAGUCGUUUGUCGCGUUAAUAUGUGCUCGGAUUGCGAAUAUCUUUGUAUAUUCUGAUAACUAAUUUGAAAAUUCAAGUUUUUUAUUAGAUUCUGUACUUUAUCGAACCUUUUUCAACUCCUUGUGCAAAUAGCAAUAGUUCAGACUUAAAUAAAAUAAGCGUUAUGUUAAAUCGAAUAUGGUUAAUUUGGUUAAUAAAAUAAAAUUAGGAAAUAUUUCUAAAAACCAACUUCUCGAAGUUUGAAAAUUGUUUCGAUGCUCCCUAAUGAAUAAUAGAUAUUCUGUAAUAUACAAGGAAAUUAUGUGUGGUAACACCGUCUAUUCUAAUUCAGCCAUUUCCUGUCGCUUGUUGGCGAAUCAAAUUUGACACAAUCCAUUAAAUUCUUUGCUAGUCUUAUUACAAAGAAAUUACUUUAAAUUUGCGCCUUCCAAUCUGCACACUAGUAAAAAUGGCUUCUCAUCUUCAACCGAGUUGUGAAAAUGAUAGUCAAUUACUAAAUACCAAUAUGGAAACUAUUUCACAUGAAUUGAGUUCACUGCUUAUUGGUGGCGAAUUAGAUUCACUUGGUGCAAUUGGAUUAGCUGCAACAACAAAUAACGUUGACGUAGACGGAUUGUCAGUGCCUUACGUAGAGUCUUGUGACACACAAUUAAGUAAUAAGUUUUUGAAGGAUGAUAAAAAUUCUGGAAAUAUGGCUGUGGCAAAAGCUGCAACUGUUUCCCAUUCAAAGAACACCGGGGAGGCAAACAUUUCACAGUUGUAUCGUGAAUAUUAUUAUCAACAGCAACUUCAAAAUCGGCAAAUGCAGCAGCAGCGACAGAAUUUUAAUGUUGUGUCUAAUUUAUUUGGCUCCGGCCCCACACCUUAUUCAAUUGCGGCAGCACAUCUCCAACCUGCGAUAAGACAAGGAACAAAUGGGUUGAAUGUUGGCGUAAAUUACAAUAACAUUUCAGCACUAACUCUAUCAAAUCAAAAUCAACGAAAUCACCGUGCAAGUGCUUCCGAUUUAACUCCAGUUGUAGCGGUAGCUCCUAAAGCUUCAACAGCGCCAAAAUUCGAAUUUCACUUCUUACGUAAUCAAAAUUCUGAUCAACUCCAUCCUGAUCCCACUACAGUGCCACUCAUUUCAAGUGCUACUUUCAAUGAUGGCGAAACAGGCCCCGGUGCCGGAAGGCGUAACAACAAUGGAACUGUUAACAAAGUCAAUGGAGCUGGUCAACGUAGGUUUUCAAAAACCAAUGAUACUAUGAAACAGCAGGAAAUUGAUUAUGACGAAAUUGUAGUGGAUUUAUCUGUACUUGGUCUACCAUCUGAUAACAAGGAACCUAACCCAGUAUUGCGUCUGUUUGGUUUACUUCGAAAAAUGCAUUAUUAUUUGAACGACGUUUUGCCUUCAAAUGAUGAUAUUGAAUUGCAUGCUGGUAAAAUCCAGCCAGAUGCACAGGCAAAGUGCGCCAUGCCUUGUACUAUGAAUGUGCAAUAUCAAGUGAAACAGGCUGCACGAAAAUGUACAAUAUUUUUGUGUGACAUGCAACGAAUUUUGAACGCAAACAAAAUGUAUAGCAUGGAGUUGUACGUACAGUGUGAGCAGUCCUUAAAUAAGUUGCGCAAGUUGUUAACACAAUUUGAGACAUUUAAACGUAUUGAAAUGGAGCAUAAACGUGGACAAUUUGUCACCGAGAAAGCACGCACUCAAACGCAGGUGCUGGAACAGCUCGUAUCGCAGCUAAAUGAUCAGAUACGCGAAUUACAUAUAUAUGUGUACGCCUUCAAUUGGGCAGUGGAGCGCACAAAACGCUCAGCAGUAUAUAAUACUGCGUUGAAACAUGAAAUAAUCACAACAAAUAACAAUGAUUGCUUAGUUAAUGGAGAAGCAGCAAUAGCUACAACAUUUACUAGUUCUAAUUGUGAUGCGGUGGGAAAUGUAACGAGCGUAUCCAAUAGUCGCGCUGAACGACAAACGAUUUGCGUGGGUGAAACCCAUAACUCUGUGGUGGGUGCUGUCACCAACAUUUUAAACGAAACACUUGCUGAUCGACGCACUACGCGCAACAUUGGUGCCGUUUAGUGGUGGUAUUUAAUAUGCACAUUUGCAUCCGAAAAUUGUAUAUGACCCGAGUAUUUUUUUUAUAAAUUAUUUUAAAAUUUCCUUUAGAUGAUUAUAAUAUAAUUUUUUAGGUUUAUUUAUGUUUUAAUUAUACUUCAAAAUAUGUAUGGUAAUUUUUUUUAUUAAA